AAUAUAAUAAUAUAACAAAAUAAGCGUCCAGAUGCUGUCUCAAGUCCUGCAAAAUGAGAGAGAGGAGCUUUGGUUUAUUUCCAAAUGGUGAGAUCCCUUAAAUGCUGUAAAAUCUCACCAUUGGAAACUGGUGACAAACGCUGGCAAUCGUUUUACAAUUUUAUCAAAAGAGAGAAUUUAACCAACCAAAUUAUUUUUGGAUAUUUAAUCCAAUUAAUUGGCAAGCGACCUGGCACAAAACGUAAAAUGUGCAAUCUGAAUGCGCUUGCAAAUCAGACAAGUGUGUGCGUAGAGGACAGCCUCCGGGAAACUCUUUGGAAUGAGACUGCCCUUAAAGUCAACAUCCUCAACAUCAGACAACUUACUCUUGUUCGCGUAAAAGUUGCGCAAUUUAGGGCCCACGGGCUCCGGAGACUCCUUGGUGUUGGUACACCUCUUCACACGUCGAAGGCGAUGUUAUUCUAUCUCUUGUAGCUUUAACAGUGCAGUCACCAGGGUAACCAGGCAGCGUAAUCCACCUCUCAGCGCGUAGCACAAAGCACACUGCACAGCAAAGACAAGCGCACGAGACGAAGGCGGAAUUCUGUUUUGCCUCCAAGAAAUCUCGCGCACCCGGGUACCAUAAAUAAUUAACAAACACCAGAGGAUUAUUAUUUUUCCCCAUUAUUCUAAAAACGAUACGAUGAGAAAUGGAUGUUCUUAACGAACGGGACUCUCCGAAACGAGCGCCAGGCAACACGGAGAUGCUGUUUGCUUUGCUCGCGCAGAAUGAAGAACUACGCAAAGAAAUCCCUGUUUGCGCGGGAUGCAAUCAGCACAUCGUGGACCGUUUCAUCCUCAAGGUGCUGGACCGCCACUGGCACAGCAAGUGUCUCAAAUGCAGCGACUGCCAGUCUCAGCUCGCGGACAAGUGCUUCAGCAGGGGCGACAGCGUUUACUGCAAAGAAGACUUCUUUAAGAGAUUUGGGACUAAAUGCGCAGCCUGUCAACAAGGUAUUCCACCGACCCAAGUCGUUCGAAGAGCGCAGGACUUCGUGUACCACCUCCACUGUUUCGCCUGCAUAGUAUGCAAACGGCAGCUAGCCACAGGCGACGAAUACUAUCUAAUGGAGGACAGCAGGCUCGUGUGCAAGGCCGACUACGAGACCGCCAAGCAGAGAGAGGCGGACUCCACGGCGAAAAGACCGCGCACCACCAUCACUGCCAAGCAGUUGGAAACGCUGAAAAACGCUUACAACAACUCUCCCAAACCAGCGCGUCACGUGAGAGAGCAGCUGUCGUCGGAAACGGGCUUGGAUAUGAGAGUAGUCCAGGUGUGGUUCCAGAACAGGCGAGCAAAGGAGAAGAGGUUGAAAAAAGACGCGGGAAGGCAACGGUGGGGGCAGUACUUCCGCAACAUGAAGCGAUCGCGAGGCAGCUCCAAAUCCGAUAAGGACAGCAUCAAGGAGGAAGGACUAGACAGUGACGCAGAGGUCUCCUUCACAGACGAGCCGCCGAUGUCCGACAUCAGCCACUCCAACGGGAUGUACGGGGGGAUGAACGAGACGUCCCCCGCCAUGGGGCGACAGGGGGCCGGCCACGGGCCUUUCCCCCUGGACCACGGGGUCAUCCAGUCCCAGGACGCGUACCCCGAAAUGCGACCCAGCAGCCCCUACAGCCUGCCCCAGUCCCCCAGGUCCCUGCAGGCCCUGCCCGGACACCAGCCCCUCAUCUCCAGCCUGGUGUACCCCGACUCGGGCCUGUCAAUCAUGACGCAGGGCGGGGCCCCCGGCAUGGCCCCGGGCAUGAGGGCGAUGGGCGGGGUCAACGGGCCCAGCUCGGACCUCUCCACGGGGAGCAGCGGCGGCUACCCUGACUUUCCUGCUAGCCCCGCCUCCUGGCUCGACGAGGUGGACCACACCCAGUUUUGAUAGCCCCUCCCCCUGGCCCCACCCAUAAACCACCAGCACCACCAACCAACCAACCAACCAUCAACCAACCUACCUUCAACCAACCGACCAACCAAUCAACCAACCAUCAACCAACCGACCAACCAACCAAUCAUCAACCUUCUUCUUCAUAUGUGGGUACAGAUUGACGUCAGUUAUCCAAACUCACAUCUUCACCCUCUGGAGGACCACUUACCCUCCCUUCCAUUCUAGAAAUGUGGGGGCAAUCGAUUGGAAAGGGGCAUGGUCUUGCUCCGCCAGUUUUAAGUUUGGCCCUCAUGCACUGUCUGAACUCCUUCCUCAGUCUACACAGGCUGAGCCCAGGAUAGGGCUGUGGGUGCUGUCAGUGGUGCACAGAACACUUUUCGAUGACCAGGAAAAAGAAGCGUUCUGAAGUGUCUGAAUGCACAGUGUUCAGCUGGCAGCACAAGAUCCCGUUGCCAUGGAGGCCAGAGGACCGGCUAUCUGUAGCCUGUCCUCUUCUUCUGGAUGUUCAUUGGACAGCCUCUCCCAAGUCCCGCCCCCUUGAGAAAGUACAACCCAGUUGCAAGUAGUUUCAGAAAUUUGAGGAAACUCAGCCUGAGGGGGGGGGAAUAAAAAGGACUCGUGACACAAACUGAGAUGCCUGAGGUCUUUUCAGCGCCGAAAGUACUUUCAAUUAAUUUCUUAAAAUAAUUUAUUUAAAUUUAAUUUAAUUUAACGUAGGUUUGGUUUUUCCUUGUUUAUAUGGCUACGCCCAGGUUACAUCCCCACCCAAAGCGAGCGCACGCACUUCCUGGUUCUGACGCAGGUGUGUUUCCUCCCGCCUCAGAAGUGAUUUGCUUCAGAGAGGGAGCGCCACUUUGGGGGAGGGUCUUCCCCUUCUUAAAUGCACGGGAUUGGCUUACUUAAAGAUUGCGUUCCGGGUUCUCCCGACAACCUCCUUUCUUUAAAUUUGGCCCUGUGUCUUUGCUCGGGUUUGAUUGAGCGUGACUGAGCUGUGACUUCGGUGGAAAAGCAGACCUGCCACCGCUGGAUUUUGGGAGACCUCCAGCCUCGAUAGUCUCCUUUUUUUCCCUCUGUGUUUGUUCUCCAGUGACAUACUGCAGAGGUCUGUUCUAAUUUAUUUGUCCGAGUCUGUCUUACAGUGUCUGAUUGUUGCCAAAUGUCUAUUUAUCACGGUUUCUCAUUGUAAAGACUUAUUUUUUUACAGCUCUCUCUGGAGGCUAACCUGAACACAGAUAUUUAAGACUUUGUAUUUUGUGGAUGGACAGAUCGUAAAAGUUACCCACCCCCCCGCCCCGCCCCAAAUUAAUUAGGAGUACUUCUAUGCAUUUGUGUGUCUUCAGCUGUGUCUUGUCCGUUUUAUUAUACUGAAACAAUCGGGGCAAUGCUGGCCCCAGGGCGGUGUACGUGUUUGUUUAUGUGGAAGAUGUUUUAUGUCUUAUUUAUUCUCUCUGAUGAUAAAGUGAUACAGGUCUUUAAUAAAUUUGUCAGCGAAAUCCAACCACUGCUGUCUCCUGAGUGUGGCUCUUCCCCAGCACCACCAAGUUCAGAUUAUUAUUAUUAUUAGUAGUAGUAGCAGUAGUAUU